AUAGGCCUACGUAUAAUUAUUUUUAUCAUGUACAAUAUCAUCAUCAUCCUGUUGUUUCUACCAUUUUUGAUACAAUUGACAUUCACUGCUACUUCAUCUAGUCAAGAUUUUACUUUUUCACAGUCUCAGUCUUUCAUUCGAGUUCAACCAGACUGGCCACUGACUAGUGUUAGAGAAGUUAAAUUUCAUUUUAAAACUGUACAACCUCAUGGAUUACUAUUGUAUCAUGGAUUAACUAAUCUUCCAGAAGCUAAUUAUCCACAUUAUGAGAUGUAUUUAAUGCUUGAAAAUGCAAGAUUAAGAUUCAUUCAUGUAUUUGGUCAGGAUAAUACUGCUGAUUCAUAUUAUAUUGGAAAAGGUUUAAAUCAAGAUAAAUGGCAUAAUGUGAGACUUAAAAUAAAUCCUGCAACAGCUGAUUUAUAUUUAUCUGUGGAUAAUAUAAACAUGAAUAUAACAUUACCAUCUUUAAUUGCAAAUCCUAACUAUAAUCUUAAUCAUUCUGUUUCAAAUUCUUUUUUAUAUUUUGGAGGUACAAAUGCUUAUAAUCCUAUUUUAAAUCGUCAAUAUAAUUAUGUCAGAUUUGUUGGCUGUCUUGGUAAUAUAACAUUUGGACAUUCUGAUAAUUCUAUGGAACCUGUCACAAUUGAAUCAUUUUAUCAGACUGAAGAAGGAUGCAAUAACCGAUGCAAAAAUGAAGAUUGGUGUCUUCAUGGUGGAAGGUGUGUCAACCAGUACAAACGUACAGUUUGCGAUUGUUUUGGUACGGGACACGAAGGACCCAUCUGCCAAAAUAAUAGUCUAACAACAGUCACUCUGAGAGGUUAUUCUUAUCUAACAUAUCGCAUUUAUUAUUGGAAAGAUAGAGUGCAGUCAGAAGCAAAUAUGCUAAGUCUUUUAUUUAGAACAUAUGUUGCAGAUUCGGUAUUAUUGUAUGGAGCAGGUGAACAUCCCGAAUAUAAUUACAUGGCUAUAAGUAUAUUUAGAGGAAAAUUGUAUUUUGAAAUUGAUUUUGGUGAUGGACCAUUGAACACUACAUUGGGUUAUUUAUUACAUGAUGAAAUAUGGCACAAUGUUACUGUAAUUCAUCAUGGAAAAGUAGUAAAAGUGAUGCUUGAUAAUAGAUACACAACUAUAUUAGAAGCAACUGGAGAUCACCACCACUUACAUUUGGAUCCUGAAGUAUACAUUGGUGGUGCACCUCUAAAUGCUAAAGGAUUAAGAUCUCACAAGAAGUUUGUUGGUUGUUUAAAAGAGUUAUAUUUUAAUAGAAAAAAUAUCUUGUUUUCUCUUCAUGAGGCUAAUUCAGCAGUCAGACAUUACGGAAUAUUUCUCAUAGAACAUGGAUGUUCUGUUGUUGAUGUAAUACCACUGACUUUCAGACUGAAAGAAUCAAGAUUAUUAUUAAAUCAUUCAGGUGGCAAAGAGUUUGACAUGACUUUGGAGUUUAAAACCUUGCAAAGAGAGUGUGUUCUUGCAUCAGGAUUUAUUGAAAUUGAAAAUAGAAGAGGAAUCUGGGAGGUAAAUAACUAUACUCUUAUAGUUUAAAACAUGUGUCCAAACAUUUUGACUGUUGAUUCCUUCAAGGAUUCCUUGACAUUUUCUCAAUCCCCUAAUUUUUUUUUUGUUUUGUUAAUACAAA